AUGACGAUGAUGUCCAAUCUUCCAAGGGAUUUGUUAGAGGAGAUACUCUCUAGAGCUCCAACGGAUUCUAUGAGAGCAGUACGAUUGACUUGCAAAAAGUGGAACACUUUAGCCGAGGAAGAAAGCUUUAGAAAGAAACAACUCCUUCUAGCAAAAGCUGCUAAAGAAUUUAUGGUUGUUAUGUUGAUGGAUUAUAUGGUUUGUUUAGUAAGCAUCAAUCUCCACAAGGAAGAAGACGAUAAAUUAAAGUGUAAUGGUAAACUUAUUAACCUAACCGAUGUGUCUCAAGUCUUUCAUUGCGGUGGUUUGGUAUGCAUCACAAAUGGCUUCUCUAACACUAGGGAUGUGCUUUGGAAUCCGUAUUGGGGCCAAACUCGGUGGAUCGAAGCUAGAAGUCGUCACGCAUAUAUAUAUGCUAUUGGAUACGAGACGAAAAAAUCCUGCCGCAGCUACAAAAUUGUGACUUCUGCUAACUAUUAUAUUGAUGAUAAACGUGUUGGCUACGAAAUCUAUGAGUUAGAUUCUAAUUCAUGGAGGGUUCUUGAUCUCAAUUCCGAUUGGGCGACAGCAUUUUAUAAAAUGGAAGUCUGUAAAGGAAAUUCUUAUACGUAUACUCGAGCAGGAGGUAGGGGUGAAUUCUUGCUUUGUUUUGAUUUUACAACAGAGGGAUUUAGACCGGCUCUGCCUCUGCCAUUCCACUCUCAUCGUCAAGAUAUUGUGGCUCUCUCUAGUGUUAGAGAAGAGCAACUUGCAGUGUUAUAUCAGCGAUAUGAUACAUUACAUAUGGAGAUAUGGAUUACUAGUAAGAUUGAAUCUCCUAAUAUUGAGCCCAAUGAUGUCUCGUGGAGAAAGUUGUUAUUAGCAGUGGACAUGAAACCACUCACUGUUUGCUAUGGAAAUUUCUUCGUUGACGAGGAGAAGAAAGUCGCUGUGGUUUUUGAUAAGGACAAAGAGAUAAGACACCGUAACACAGUGAGAAAAGUGGAUCUCGGAGAAUCUGCAUGUUUUCUUGUUGGGUGCUCUUAUGUUCCAAGUUCAGUGCAAAUCAAGCAACUUUCAAAAGGCAAAAGCAAUUAGUCCAUUUACAAUACCCAAAAAUUUGUUUCUUGCAUUAUUUAAUUACUACUGUUCUUGCUUUGUUUUCUUUUCUCAAAUUCCUGAACAAGAUUGGUCUAUUCUUAGUUCGUUUCUCAUCUUUUACAUUGUAUC